AGAUAUUUUACAGAAUUUCAUAUGUUUUGAAAUUUUAUUAUACUCUACAUAUUUUUAAAUAUACCUUUAUAAAGACGGGAUUCUAAUUCCUGGAAAGAAAUCGACUGUGUAAUAUAAUCCUACUAUUUAUUAUUGAUUUCUUUGAAUAAUUUAUUAUUUGAAAAGACGUAUUUUAGAACAUUUCUUGAAAGUUUUAAAGGAGAAUGAUGGGGACUAACAAAGUUGGUGAGACGUCUCGAUCUUUGGAAGAUCCAAGCAAAACAGAAGAUCCCAAGAAGAAGAGCAUACGACAAAGAGAUGUCCUUGCUGCAAUGCUGGUCGGAUAUAUAGUGGGAAUAUUGUUAAUGAUGAUUAUUCAUUUUAUAAUUCAGAAUAAAUGCACAGAAAAUUGCACAACAAGCUCUGUUGGAAGUAGUAAUGAACUGCAGGACACAUGUUUUGAAGGAUGGAUUAUAUUAGCUGGAGAGAAGACUUGUUUCUUCCAAAGCUAUUUCGAUGUGAACUGGACAGUUGUGGAGCCAGAAGCCGGUACCAGCGAAGUUGAUGAGUAUUUUCAGAAAAUCGGAACGAUUCAAGAUAUCAAUGAUGAUAUUCUUGUUGGUACUGUAUUUAACAACGACAGAGGAUUUUACCAAUGGAUAGGUGGAUCUGGUUCUAACAAUAUCCUGCCUGGAGCUGACAAUACUGUUGCCUCACCAAACGCAACAAGCAGCUGCGUGAGUGACCUUCAAGAAGCGCCUACUGAAUGGGGAUUGAAUCUUUUGGCAGCAAAAUCAAAUGACACGUGCUUCAUUUUGUGAAGUUUGAUGAAAGCUGUAUACAUUCUGUACAAAGCAAUUAACUUCUUAUAUUUUUUAUGCCUUUCUUUUGGUGUAUCAUUAAAAAUUAUCUGUUAUCAUUUAUGAUACCAAAAAAACGAAGUGAUUUUUUAAACAUUGUUCUAUGAAUGGAUUGUUUCAAUCAAUAAUGCAUUAUGGAAUUGGGAUUUUGAAAAACAUUCUAUCUAAAUCUAUCUUUACUUUCAAACUGAUAAAAAAACAAUUCGUUGAAAAAGAUUAAGUUAUUUCCCACUGGCACGAAAAAUUCCAACCCAGUAUAAGUGAUUCGUUACUAAAAUGAUUUAUCAUUUUGUUUUUAAUAUUUCUAAAUAUCAUGGACCAUCAAUCAUUUUCCGUUAUGAGACGAGAAAAAUAACAAAGAAACUAUUUUCUUUAAUUUCUGAACGUUCAUCAUUUCGGGGUAAAAUAGUAACAUAUCAUAGUUAUGAAGUUUUAUUUUUCAAAUCACAAGUACGUUUGCAAAUACCAUUGAAAUGUUAUUAUCUUAUCAUGACAGAGCAGUGUUUUCUGAUGUUUUUUCAGCAUGCAUUUUGUUCCUCUUUUUUUAUAUUGGACAAGCGUGUUGUUUAAGUUGAUUUAUCAACGAUUUUACGUGAUAUGCGUAUUCUAAGGAACAUAACUAUUAAAAUACCUGAAACGUUUGUGUCUAUCAUUUUAUACAUAAUAUUCUAACCUUCUUAAUAGGCAAAAUGUUUAUCAAAAGAAAUUCAGAUUUACCCUCGAUCAUUUUUGUUUGGUGCCCGAUUCUCGUAAGAUCAUAAUCUGUAAAUGAGAAACCAAUAGUGUUACUGGUAUACUGCAAGGUUGGACUUCAAUCAAUUACUGAACUUAAUGGUAUUGUUUCACCCAGUGUUGUACCAAAAUUUGUUAAUAGUACACUUUGUUUCUCUUUAAUCAAACAUUGUUUUGCAUCAUAUAUCUAUGUUCAUUCCAUGUUGAUUUGU